AUGGCACCUCAAUCUCAGAACACUGGGCAAAAUGACCUACCACCUGUCAAUAUCAAACCUCUUCUCACCAAGCUCUGGCCUACCGAGUCUGCCGUCUCUCCCCAGGAGAUUGCCGAGGCCAUCUCUCACUUCUUCACAAACCAAGUCACAGAGGCUCAAACAGCCUCUCUGCUCAUGGCUCUACAUUUCACCAAGCUUGAUUUCAGAGCAGAUGUCCUCGCUGAGUGUGCCCGUGUUAUGCGGGAAGCAGCUGCACCAAUCCCUGUAGAGGAGCUCAGGAAAGUCAUUGAACAAAGAGGACGAAAGGAGGGAAACUACGGAGGUGGACUAUGUGAUAUCGUUGGAACUGGUGGUGACGGUCAUGAUACCUUUAACAUCAGUACCACAUCAUCUAUUCUGGCCUCAGCUCUGCUCAUGGUCUCUAAGCACGGCAACAAAGCCAGCACCUCAAAGUCUGGAAGUGCUGAUUUGGUCGCCUGCAUGAAGCCUCGGGCUCCCGUCAUCAGCGCUGUCCGCCCAGAUACAUUGGUCAAGGCGUACUCAGAGACCAACUACACUUUCUUGUUCGCCCCUGUGUUCCACACCGGCAUGCGCUACGUUGCACCUAUCCGUAAGCAACUUCCUUGGAGGACAGUCUUCAACAACCUAGGCCCCUUGGCCAACCCUGUCGAGGACGUUCUUGAGGCCCGUGUCAUUGGCGUUGGUAGAAGAGAUCUUGGUCCCGCCUUUGCUGAGGCGCUGUGCAUGGCUGGCUUCAAGAAGGCUCUCAUCAUUUGUGGUGAGGAGGACCUCGACGAAGUCAGCUGCGCUGGAAACACCCUGUGCUGGAAGGUGACCGAGACCAGCCCCGGAAAGCUCGAGGUUGAGCACUUCACCGUACACCCCAGUGACUUUGGUCUGAGCACUCAUCCCCUAAACACGGUAUCCUCUGGUAAGGAACCCGAGGAGAACGCAGAGAUUUUGUCUCGGAUUUUGCACAACGAACUCCCCGACAACGACCCCAUUCUCGAGUUUGUUCUGCUCAACACUGCCGCUCUCCUUGUCACAUCUGGUAUCUGCGAGGCUGACACCAGCAACAUGGGUGAGGGAGACGAUGGCAAGGUCAUCACUGAGCGCGGCCCUGGUGGCAUGCGCUGGAAGGAGGGUGUGCGAAGAGCUCGCUGGGCUCUGAAGAGCGGGGAGGCCUGGAAACAGUGGGAGAAGUUUGUCAACGUCACAAACGAGAUCCAAAGUCAAUUUGCUUAA